CCUCCCAUUUUCAUCUGCACUGUAAAACUUUCAUUUCCUCUCCCAUUUAAGCAGAAAUCCUCCAGCUCCUACACACUUCUCUCUCUGUCCAUCUGUCUAUCUCUCUUCUCUUUCUCUCCUGCUGUCCACUUAGUCAGCAGCCAGAACCGGAACCGGAUCCGAACCCCACCCCACCUCCAGCUGCAGUUCAUCAUGUCCAGGAAAGUCGUCAGGUCCAGUAAAUUCCGCCACGUCUUCGGCCAGGCCGUGAAGGCGGACCAGUGCUACGAAGACAUCAGGAUCUCUCAGAUGACAUGGGACAGCAACUUCUGCUCCGUCAACCCCAAGUUCGUGGCCAUGAUCGUGGACGCCAGCGGAGGAGGAGCCUUCAUCGUCCUGCCGCUAAGCAAGACGGGACGUAUCGAUAUGUCUCAGCCCACCGUCUGUGGACACACCGGACCCGUGCUGGACAUCGAGUGGUGUCCACACAAUGACAACAUCAUCGCCAGCGGCUCUGAGGACUGCAGUGUGAUGAUCUGGGAGAUUCCUGAUGGAGGUCUGACGACUCCUCUGAAGGAGCCGGUGGUGAAGUUGGACGGUCACUCGAAGCGUGUGGGGAUCCUCAGCUGGCACCCGACUGCACACAACGUCCUCAUGACUGCAGGCUGUGAUAAUCUGGUGAUCCUGUGGAACGUGGCUCGCGGUGAAGCCAUGGUGCGAAUCGAGUCCGUACACACCGACAUGAUCUACAGCGCCUGCUGGAACAGAGACGGCUCACGCAUCCUCACGUCCUGCAAGGACAAGAAACUGCGCGUCCUCGAUCCACGCAAAGGCACCGUCAUCACCGAGAAGGACAAGCCUCACGAGGGUUCCAGGCCUGUGCGAGCCGUGUUCGUGUCCGAGGGGAAAAUCUUGACCACCGGUUUCAGCCGCAUGAGCGAGAGACAGGUGGCGCUGUGGGACCCGAACAGCUUCAGUGAGCCGCUCACUCUGCAGGAACUCGACACCAGCAGUGGAGUUCUGCUGCCGUUCUUCGAUCCGGACACAGGCAUUGUUUACCUGUGUGGAAAGGGUGACAGCAGUAUUCGGUACUUUGAGGUGACAGACGAGGCUCCGUUUGUGCACUAUCUGUCCAUGUACAGCAGCAAAGAGAGUCAGAAGGGAAUGGGCUACAUGCCCAAGAGAGGACUGGAGGUCAACAAGUGUGAGAUCGCCAGAUUCUAUAAACUGCAUGAGAGAAAGUGUGAGCCCAUCGUCAUGACUGUACCACGCAAGUCCGACCUGUUUCAGGAGGACCUGUACCCCGACACGAUUGGUCCAGAGCCGUCGGUCGAGGCUGACGAUUGGUUCGCAGGGAAAGAAGGGAAACCGAUCCUGAUCUCUCUGAAGGAAGGCUUCGUCGCCACCACCAAGAACAAAGAGUUUAAAGUCAUCAAGAGCCUCAUGUCCACUACAUCGUCCUCCGGGGGACAGGGACACGGCAACGGAGGGGAUGUUCAGGCUCUGCAGAAGGAGGUGAAGGAGUUGAGGGAGAUGGUCGAGCAGUUGACAAAGCGAGUGAGCGAGUUGGAGAGCAAGAGCUGAAGAAGAGAAAAACAAAUAUAAAAGCUAGAACAGAAAGAGAGAGAGACAGACAGAGAAAGAGAAAGAGAGAGAGGGAGAGAGAGGUAAAAGUGUAGAAUGGAGAAGGGAGAAUGAGAAAGUUACAGCUUUUAUAUAAACAUCAUAUUUUUGUUCUUCAGGGAUUUUAUUCUUUUUCCAGUUGUUUUUUCUAAAUCUCACUUUAAUAAUAUAUCUUAGAAUGUUUAAAAUAAAAGUCAUCGAUAUUUUAAAUAAAA